UUCCGCGGAAGCGGAAGACGGGGGCUCCGCCCAGGCGUGGGGCCAUGGAGCGCGGCCGGCGGUGUAACCCGCGGAGGCGCGGCCGACGCGGUGCUGGCAGCCCUCGAGACUUUCGCGGCGGACGCGGAGGCCGCGCUGAGAGCCUGCCUGGAAGGCGAGGCUGCGGGGACGGGCCCCGAGGCGAAGCUCCCCUGCCCUCUUGCCAUGUGGGAGCUCGGGCACUGCGAUCCCAAGAGGUGCACCGGGAGGAAACUGGCCCGAAAGGGGCUGCUGCGAACCCUGCGCCUCCGCCAGCGGUUCCCGGGGCUCGUCCUCAGCCCUCUGGCCACCGAGUACGUCUCUCCCACGGACCGGCAUGUCAUUGCUCAGCGUGGGAAUGCAGUUAUAGAUUGCUCCUGGGCCAAACUAGAAGAAACUCCCUUUCAGAGAAUGAGAGGAGGUCACCUACGGCUGCUGCCUUACUUGGUGGCUGCAAAUCCUGUAAACUAUGGUCGGCCAUGGAAGCUGUCCUGUGUGGAAGCUUUUGCUGCAGCUUUUUGCAUUGUUGGUAAGCUAUGAUAUGAUUUUCCAGAGCUAGCCACCAUUCUCCUAAGGAAGUUUAAGUGGGGUAAGUCAUUUAUUGACUUGAACAAAAAUCUCUUGGAAAAGUAUGCAGCCUGUCAUUGCCAGGAAGAAGUGCUGAGAGUUGAAAAGGACUUUUUAGCCAGCAUCCAAGACAAAGAAGAAAUAGAUCCAUUUGAUGUUGAUUCAGGGAAAGAAUUUUCUAAUCCAAACAGACCAAUCACUUCCCCAGGACUAGCAGAAAGUAAUGAAGAAUCUGAGGAGGACAGCGUGAGCACUCCAGGUGAUGCUACUGAAAGCAGUGUUGAGAGUUCAGAAGAUGAGGUGCAACAACAGCCAAUAAAUCAACUAUUUAAAAAGUGA